GUCAGUCCCGCUUUGAUAGGACAGCGCUGGCUUCCUGCUUUUCAUGUUUCUGAUGCGAGUAUGGUCGCCGUGCCAGACCAGUGAUAUCAAUACUACCUCACUGUAAUAGUUUAUGUCGGCACAAUUAAUGCCUCCUCGAUAAGAAUCGUCAUAGCCUACUUAUUCUAUAAAUACUUGAAACGUCGGAGUGAACUGCUUGCAAUAACCUGAGAGUUGAUCAGGCUGUUGAUUGUGGCCUGUGGAAUGUUGUCCCACUCCUCUUCAAUGGCUGUUCGAAGUUGCUGGAUAUUGGGUGGAACUGGAACACGCUGUCAUAUACGUCGCUCCAGAGCAUCCCAAACAUGCUCAUUUCGGUGACAUGUCUGAUCUGAUGGGGUUUGGGGAGGACCUGUGGUGUCCCCAGGCCCACGCGGCCCUGAUGCGGCUGCAGGACUCGGAGCUGCGUCUGAUGGAGGUGAUGAAGAAGUGGAUGAGCCAGCGGUCCAAGAGCGACCGGGAGUUCUCUGUUCAGCUGCACCAGAUGGCUGCCAUGGUUGAGAAACUGGAGGGGCCCCAGCCUGGGGGAGGACCGGACUACAUCAGCCAGCUCAAUCAGUCGUGGGGUGUGCUGGUGGCUCAGACGGAGAGUUUGAGUCGUGUGAUGCGACGGCAGUCUGAAGACCUGCAGGUUGGGCCUCUCAGCAAACUGACCCUGCUGAUCAGAGACAAGCAGCAGCUCAGGAAGACCUACGCAGAGCAGUGGAGCCAGCUCAGCCAGGAGCUCAGCAGGGUGACCCAGACAGAGCUGGAGAGGCUGAAGUCCAGCUAUAGACAGCUGGUGAGGGAUGCAGGGCAGGCGAAGAGGAAGUACCAGGAGGCCAGUAAAGAUAAAGAACGUGAGCGUGCGAGGGAGCGCUAUGUGAAGGCUACUCUGAAGCUCCAUGAGCUUCAUAAUGAGUAUGUUCUGUCAGUCAGAGCAGCCCAGGUGUACCAUCAGCACCACUACAGCCAGGCCCAACCUGCCCUGCUCAUGGCACUACAGAGCCUACAGCAGGAGAUGGUACUCGUACUGAAGGAGAUCCUGCAGGAGUACUAUGACAUGUCCAGUAUGCUCCAACAUGAGGUCGUAUCUGUCCACGAGGAGAUGUCUGCUGCUUUGAUGGCCAUAGAGCCACACAGAGAGUACGAGAGCUUCAUCCAACAGAACAGGUCUGUAGGGGAGGUUCCGGUGUGUGUGGAGUUUGACUCUGGUCUUCUGGAGAACACAGAUCGACUAAAGACUGGAGAGCUGGAACUAAAUGAGCUUACAGUGGAGGGGAUCCAGCACAGGUUGACUGCAGUGGAAGAGGAACUGCUGUCUCUAGCUGGUAAUGUGGUUUCCCAACAGGCCUCAGUCAACCAGCUGGAGUUGGAGCUAGAGGCAGAGGAAGAGUGCAUCAAACGUGGUCAGAGGGUUUACCAGUUCAGUAAGAGGCAUGCGCUGGAGGAGAGCCGACAGCAGGUGAUGCUGUCCCUGGGAGCUAGAACCAGGCUGGAGGCACAGAGGUUGCUGCUGAAGGGGAAGCUGGAAUGGCUGGGAUCCAGUGAACCCCCACCUGCCCUGGAGCUGGAAGAGGAUCGUAUCUCCCUCUCCUCUAUCACCUCUAGUGAGAGGGACGGCCUCAGAAACCUCAGUGUGGACGGCAUCAUAAGCCAUUUUAGCGGCCUGUUCAAACCCAAAUACACGGUGCCCCCUGCCCUGUCCCCAGUCCCAGAGGUAGAGCGCCCCCUGGAGCAGCAGAACUGGUACCACGGAGUCAUCCCCAGGCUGGAAGUCCAGGAGCUGCUGAGGUGUGAUGGAGACUUCCUGGUCAGACAGAGUCAGGGCAAACAGGAGUAUGUCCUCUCUGUCCACUGGGCUGGCUCUUGCAGGCACUUCCUUAUCCAGAGCACAGAUAAUAUGUACCGCCUGGAUGGAGAGGGAUUCCACACCGUUCCCAUGCUGAUGAACCACCUGGUCUCGUCACACCAACACGUCACCAAGAGAUCCGACAUUGUCCUGAAGAGACCUGUCCUAAAGGACAAGUGGGUUCUGGAACACGAUGAUGUCAUCCUGGGGCAGAGCAUUGGCCAGGGUAACUUUGGGGAGGUGUACAGUGGUCGUCUGCUUUCUGAUAACACCCCUGUAGCUGUGAAAGCCUGCAGAGAGAACCUGGCCCCAGAACACAAGAACAGGUUCCUUAUGGAGGCCAGGAUCCUGAAGCAGUAUGACCAUCCUAACAUAGUGAAGCUGAUUGGUGUCUGCACACAGAAACAACCCAUCUAUAUCAUUAUGGAGCUGGUACAGGGGGGAGAUUUCCUGUCCUUCCUGCGCUGUGAAGGUCACAACCUGAAGUCAAAUAUGCUGGUAAAAAUGGCAGAGAAUGUGGCAUCUGGCAUGGAGUAUUUGGAGAGCAAGAAAUGCAUCCACCGGGACCUGGCAGCCCGUAACUGUCUGGUGGGAGAACAGAGCAGGGUGAAGAUCAGUGACUUUGGGAUGUCUCGCGAACAGCAGGACGGGGUCUACUCUGCCGCGGGGGGCCUCAAACAGAUCCCUGUCAAAUGGACGGCCCCCGAAGCCCUCAACUAUGGGAGGUACACCACGGAGAGUGACGUGUGGAGUUUUGGAGUUCUCCUAUGGGAGAUAUUCUCCAGGGGAGUCACCCCCUACACCAGCAUGUCCAACCAGCAGACACGGGACGAGGUGGAGAAAGGAUACCGGAUGCUAGCCCCAAACUCCUGUCCUCCAGAUGUGUAUGCCAUUAUGUGUCGCUGCUGGCAGUACGACACCAGAAACCGGCCGUCCUUCAGCAAACUCAGGACCGAACUCAGUGCUUUAUACCACAAAGUGUCCUUACUCAAGUGACUUGUUCGAUUCUGUUUUACCUUUUUAUAUGGAGCAGAUGUUGCCUUUAUUUAAUAUACAUUGACUAUAGAGAACCAGUUGCUAUGUGAUCUUGAUUUUACCAUAUUUAAGUAGUGAUAAUGUGCCAGGCUGUGAGACCACAGGUAAUGUAAGUACACAUGACGUGUGUAUUGAAAACAUUGGUACCAUAUUCUACAAAGUAGAAUAUUCUAUAUCUGUUGAAUGUUGCUAUUGUUUACUGUAUUACGUUACUGUAAAUGUACAAAUUGAAUGUUUCUAUUAUAUCAGCUUUAAAGAGUUGAUGGGAUCUUUUUCUUUCUUGUCUUUUUUAAUAUACACUGAACAAAAAUUUGAACACAAUAUGUAAAGUGUUGGUCCCAUUUUUCAUGAGCUGAAAUAAAAGAUCCCAGAAUUUGUCCAUAUGCAAAAAAAAGCUUAUUUCUCUCAAAUGUGCACAAAUUAGUUUACAUCCUUGUUAGUGAGCCUUUCUCCUUUGCCAAGAUAAUCCAUCCACCUGACAGGUGUGGCAUAUCAUGAAGCUGAAUAAACAGCAUGAUCAUUACACAGGUGCACCUUGUGCUGGGAACAAUAAAAGCCACAGAUGUCUCAAGUUUUGAGGGAGUGUGCAAUUGGCAUGCUGACUGCAUGAAUGGACCAGAGCUGUUGCCAUUUCUCUACAAUAAGCUGUCUCCAAUGUAGUUUUCGAGAAUUUGGCAGUAUGUCCAACCGGCCUCACAACUGCAGACCGUGUAACAGCACCAGCCCAGGACCUCCAAGUCUGUCUUUACCUGCAGGAUCGUAUGAGACCAGCCACCCAGACAGCUGAUGAAACUGGGUUUGCACUGAAGAAUUGCUGCGCAAACUGCCAGAAACUAUCACAGGGAAGCUCAUCUGCAUGCUUGUCAUCCUCACCAGUGUAUUGACCUACUGUAGUUUGAUGUUGUAACUCACUUCAGUGGGCAAAUGCUCACCUUCGAUAGCCACUGACACCCUGGAGAAGUGUGCUCUUCACAGAUGAAUCACGGUUUCAACUGUACUGGGCAGAUGGAAGACGAGGCAAUUUUCUGAUGUCAAUGUUCUGAACACUGCCCUAUAGUGGUGGUGGGUUUAUGGUAUGGGCAGGCAUAAGCUAUGGACAACGAACACAAUUGCAUUUUAUCGAUGGAAAUUUGAAUGCACAGUAAUACCGUGACAAGACCCUGAGGCCCAUUGUCCCUGAGGCCCUCAUGUUUCAGCAUGAUAAUGCAGGGAUCUGUACACAAUUCCUGGAAGCUGAAAAUGUCCCAGUUCUUCCCUGGCCUGCAUACUUACCAGACAUGUCACCCAUUGAUCAUGUUUGGAAUACUCUGGAGCAAAGUGUACGACAGCGUGUUCCAGUUACAGCCAAUAUCCAGCAACUUCUAACAGCCAUUGAAGAGGAGUGGGACAACAUUCCACAGGCCACAAUCGACAGCCUGACCAACUCAAUACGAAGGAGUUGUGUCGCGCUGUAUGAGGCAAAUAAUGUUCACACCAGAUACUGACUGGUUUUCUGAUCCACGACCCCUACCUUUUUUUAAGGUAUCUGUGACCAACAGAUGGUUCUGUAUUCCCAGUCAUGUGAAAUCCAUAGAUUAUGGCCUAAUUCAUUUAAAUUGACUGAUUUCCUUAUAUGAACUGUAACUCAGUAAAAUCUUUGAAAAUGUUGCUUUUAUAUUUUUGUUCAGUGUAUUUAAAUUAAUUCAAAUCCUCUGA